CGCUUUCUGGACCUGCAUCGAAAGCUACAUUUAUGCACAGCAUCACUCGGGGAUCCGCCCAAGAACCACCAGUACCUUUAAAUGAAGUGCAGUGCGCCUCCCUUCACCGCGGUUAACAUGAGCAGAGCUUCAUACUGACAGCAGCUCUCGAGGGUGAACACUUGAUUAAGCGGCAGAGCCUCUAAUAGAACCGGCACAUAUUGAUUUCCUUUUGGGGUGAAGGUGUUGUUUACACGUAUUUUUUUUAGGUCUGUGAUCUUCCCCCGAGUUCCGCUGAUCCCAUUUCAUCUCAGGGCAUUGCCUUUUAAUUUAUACAUCUCAGGUGUUAUGCAGCAUUUGAUUAUUCUACCAAUUGGUGAGAGGAUUGAUCAUUUAUAUUUUUAAACACCGAUAGCCUACACUUUCUUCCUUUAACCGGACGCUACAUCUUCGUUCUCGGACAUCGCAAACGAAAGAAACCGUCGGUUCUACUAAUUCAAGGCUGGUGGUAUAGGUUCACAAUGCUGCUAAGUUUGUAUACUCUGAUGACAUUUGUAUGGGGACUACCCGGCUUUUCUGCCUCGUACGUGCCCUGUGAGCCGUGCGAUCAGAAAGCGAUGUCCAUGUGUCCUCCGGUGCGGAUGGAGUGUCAGGUGGUGAAGGAGCCCGGCUGCGGAUGCUGCUUGACCUGCGCACUGACCGAGGGGCAGGCGUGUGGAGUCUACACGGGCACUUGUGGACAGGGACUGCGCUGCUUGCCUCGGAACGGGGAGGAAAAGCCGCUGCACGCUCUGCUUUACGGCAAAGGAGUUUGCAUGAACGAGAAACUAUACAAACCACUGCCUAGAGAUCGUGAGUCACAUGAAGACACCCACAUUACAGAGGUAACAGAGGAUAUUCUUCCCCAGGCCAAAGUUCCAUUAUUCCAACGAGACCACAUUAACAGCAAGAAGGCUCAGGCCAUGCGAAAGGAUCAGAAGAGACAGGAGGCUAAACUCAGGAUCAGGGGCAAUUUUGAAUACCCGCUCUUCGGAAAGGACAAACAUCAGUCUGACAUUGGUCCUUGCCGAAGAAAGCUGGAUGGAAUUAUCCAGAGGAUGAAGGACAACUCAAGAGUCAUGGCUCUUUCGCUGUACCUGCCUAACUGUGAUAAGAAAGGCUUCUUCAAGCGCAAACAGUGUAAACCCUCCAGGGGGCGCAAACGAGGCAUCUGCUGGUGUGUAAACAAGCAUGGAGUUCAGAUGCCGGGCACUGACUUCAAUGGAGGCAACAUCCAAUGCAAAGAUCUUGAAAGCAACAGCAACAACAACGAAUGAGACAACUCAAAUUUGGUCGCGUAACAAUGACAAUGUAAACCCACUUUCAUCUACCAUAUUAUGUGAUUUGCCAAUCAUUUCUAAUCUUAAUUUUAAGAAGUCUGACCUUUAUUUGUGGUAAAACCAUAUUAUAUAUAAAAAACAGCCUCUUUAAAGCUAAGCAGAGGAUAUACUCAAUACAAGCAACAGUUAUUGAAUCCUGCAAUUGUCCUCUUUGAUCUUUGAGGUUGGUGGGAUGUAUCAAGUAUCAUUUGGGAAAUGUACUAGAGUCAUGGAAUAGUUUCCAUUAUAUCUUAUCAUGGACAUCUUAAA